AGCGCCCCUCCGGCACCGCGGCACCGAUCGGCCCGGCAGCCCGGGAUGCGGGCACCGCAGCCCAGCCUGGAGCAGAGGAGACCAACAAGGGACGCGGAGAAACUCCCUCCGAAACUCGCUUCAUCCUCAGUAGCAAGGAGGGGAUGAUUCUCGCCGGCCCCGCAGCCCCGCGCCGUGGGCCCCACUCUGCGGGCAAUGCCACAGGGAGACGUGGAAAGCACAAAGAACUUGCUGACAAGAGCAGUGACGGUGCCCACGCUGCGACUGCCACUGCUGGGGCCACCGCUGGGGGUGGCCGGAGCCGGACGCUGGGUACGACCCCAGGAGGAGCUCCUGGAGCAGCUGGCACUGGCCGGGAUGGGCAGGAGCAGAGGGAAGCAGCUCCUGGAGCAGCUGGCACUGGCCGGGAUGGGCAGGAGCAGAGGGAAGCAGCUCCUGGAACAACUGGCACUGGCCGGGAUGGGCAGGAGCAGAGGGGAGCAACUCCUGGAACAACUGGCACUGGCCGGGAUGGGCAGGAGCAGAGGGGAGCAGCUCCUGGAGCGGCUGGCACUGGCCGGGAUGGGCAGGAGCAGAGGGGAGCAACUCCUGGAACAGCUGGCACUGGCCAGGAUGGGCAGGAGCAGAGGGGAGCAGCUCCUGGAGCAGCUGGCACUGGCCAGGAUGGGCAGGAGCAGAGGGGAGCAGCUCCUGGAGCGGCUGGCACUGGCCAGGAUGGGCAGGAGCAGAGGGGAGCAGCUCCUGGAACAACUGGCACUGGCCAGGAUGGGCAGGAACACACAGGGAGCAGCCCAGGGAUGCACAGAGUCCUGUCCAUGGAUGCAACGCUCGCCCCGAGAGACCCCCGAGCUCCCGGCCAGUUUGGACACCCUGUUGCUGUCCCUGAUGAUAAACAAGAAGAAGCAAAAAGCAGAUGGAAAGAAGGAAACUUCAAUGUCUACCUCAGCGAUCUGAUCCCUGUGGAUCGAGCCCUCGCAGACACCAGGCCUGCCGGGUGCUCUGAGCAGCAGGUGCACGCCGACCUGCCCAGCACCAGUGUCAUCAUGUGCUUUGUGGACGAGGUGUGGUCGGCGCUGCUGCGCUCCGUGCACAGCGUCCUCGGCCGCUCGCCCCCGCGCCUCCUGCACGAGAUCAUCCUGGUGGACGACUGCAGCACCAAGGAGUACCUGAAGGAGCAGCUGGACGCGUACAUGGCGCGCUUCCCCAAGGUGAAGGUGCUGCACCUCCAGGAGAGGCACGGCCUGAUCCGGGCCAGGCUGGCGGGAGCCAAGGUGGCCACAGGCGCUGUGCUGACCUUCCUGGACUCACAUGUGGAGUGCAACGUGGGCUGGCUGGAGCCGCUGCUGGAGCGCGUGCGCCUGCGCCGCACCAAGGUGGCCUGCCCCGUCAUCGAGGUCAUCAGCGACAAGGACAUGAGUUACAUGACCGUGGACAACUUCCAGCGUGGGAUUUUUACUUGGCCAAUGAAUUUUGGAUGGAGACAGAUUCCACAAGAGGUCAUUGAGAAAAAUAAGAUCAAGGAAACUGAUAUAAUAAGGUGCCCCGUCAUGGCAGGUGGCCUGUUCUCCAUCGACAAGAAGUAUUUCUCUGAAUUGGGAAUGUACGACCCAGGACUGGAUGUCUGGGGAGGGGAAAAUAUGGAGAUUUCGUUCAAGGUCUGGAUGUGCGGAGGAGAGAUCGAGAUAGUCCCGUGCUCCAGGGUCGGGCAUAUUUUCAGGAAUGACAAUCCCUAUUCCUUCCCCAAAGACCGGGUGAGGACGGUGGAGAGGAACCUGGCCCGCGUGGCCGAGGUGUGGCUGGACGAGUACAAGGAGCUCUUCUACGGCCAUGCCUACCACCUGCUGCACAGCGUGGAUGUGGGCGACCUGAGCCCGCAGAUCCGGCUGCGGGAGAGGCUCCGCUGCAAAACCUUCCGCUGGUACCUGCAGAACGUCUACCCGGACCUGGAGGCUCCCCUGGUCAAAGCCAGUGGGCUGCUCGUUAACGUGGCCCUGGCGGGGUGCAUCGCUGUGGAUGGCUCCACCCUGGCGUUUGAGGAGUGUGAUGCUACCAACACGAACCAGAUGUUCAACUACACCUGGCUGAGGCUGAUCCAGCACGGAGAGCUCUGCCUGGCCCCAGCGGGCGUGCUGGGAGCCGUGGGCCUGCGCCAGUGCCAGGGCAGGAGCCGCAGCCUGGCCUGGCUCCACGGGUCACUGGCCACUGUCCAGCCCGGCCUGAGCGCCCACCUGGUCUCGCAGCACCAGCGCCUCCCGCAGCCGGCGUGCCUGGAGGUGGAUCCCUCGUUCCGAGCCCUGCGGGUGAGGGGCUGUGACGCCAGGAACCCCCACCAGAAGUGGCAGUUCAGCAGGUACCACGCCGACUGAGGGCAGCCCUGCUGCACAGGACUGCCCGCUGUCACUGUGGCUCCGGGGGACAUCGGGUGGCUGCCCAAGGGAGAAGUGCAUUUCCAGUGGGAACUGGAAUGUGUGAUGUGAGACCUGCACGUGGAGGGAUCCCAGCACCCAGAGCAGCAUGCCUGAACAGAGCAGCAUCAUUUCCCUCUCUGCAGGAGACUCUGGGAAAAACUCAUUUUCUGUAUUAUUAAAUGGAAAUAUUUUUUGAAGUCC